CACUCGACCUAUCAUUAUCUGAGAACCCUGAACACGUUGUCGGUCUCCACGGAUCCCCGGAAGAUGGAGGAGACAACAUGCAGCUUGAUGAGAGAUGUGCUUUUGUUUACAACAGAGGACUCAGAGCGCUAUGACGUCAUGCUCCAGCGCGCGGUGGACCACACCGUUUGAAGGCACCCGUGAAACGGGCUGGAAAGGGUGGGGGGCGGGAUGUCUGUGUGAGGAAUAAAGCCACAGGCAUCAGGCGUCUCUUAGACUGGACAUAGCAGCCUCUUAAAUCGGUGUCUUUGAAUGUGUGUUUGUUUUUUUAUUCAGAAGAUGAUGCUUUUUCGCUUCUUGGUUUUUCGUGCGUAAAAAAAGCCCAGAUUGAGAUUUAAAAAAAGUAAAAAAAUUCGUCAGAAAAGCAGGAAUUCACCACACGGUAAACGGGAGACGCUUUAUUAUUAUUAUAGAGAAUAGUUUUUUGAUAUGUACCGUAUGGUGUCUGGCCUAGAUACACCGCGACUUGAAUCCAGAUGAUAAAACCCGGAGGCAUGCUAUCUUAAAAUGGCAGAGAUGGAUUUAAAAACAGCCACAUCCACGAUGGAAGCAUUAGUCCGGAUAAGUUCCAACAUGAAGAGCCUGGAGCAGGAGCUGCAUUGCUCCGUGUGCAAGGACAUCGUCAAGCAGCCCGUGGUGCUGCCAUGCCAGCACAGCGUGUGCCUCAUGUGUGCCUCGGAGGUCUUAGUGGCAAGCGGCUACCCGCCUCCAGACCUCCCCCCAGAGCCCAACUCCCCGGCCUCCACGCCCAACACCCGCUCACCACGCCAGGCCCGGAGGCCGACCCCUAAAGCCGAGCAGCGACCUAUUGACCGCGUGCUGCGGGCAGGUCCCCAUCCGACUUCGCCGUCCAUGCCCCGGUCUCCGGGAUACGGCACGUAUGCGGGGCGGCGGCGUAAGGAGGGCCCGCCCAUCGUGAUGAUGUACCCCUGUAUCCCCUGCGGCCGAGAUGUGGAGCUGGGAGAGAAGGGCCUCACCAACUGUCUGCGCAACCUCACCUUGGAGCGUAUAGUGGAAAGGUACCGGCACACAGUGAGUCUGGGCAGCGUGGCCGUGAUGUGCCAGUUCUGUAAGCCUCCUCAGGCUCUGGAGGCCACGAAGGGCUGCGCUGACUGCAGGGCUAAUUUCUGCAACGCGUGUUUCAAGCUGUAUCACCCGUGGGGGACACCACGAGCACAGCACGAACACAUCCCGCCCACGCUCAACUUCAGGCCAAAGGUUCUGACCUGUCCCGAACACGACCAGGAGAAGCUGCACUUCUACUGCCGGUCCUGCCAGCGGCUGCUCUGCCCGCUCUGCAAGCUGCGGCGCGUCCACACAGGACACAAGAUCCUGCCGGUGGCCCACGCUUACCAAGCGCUGAAGGAGAAGAUCACGAAGGAGAUGAACUACAUCCUGACCAACCAGGACACCGUUCUGGCUCAGAUUACCCAGCUGGAGGGUUCCAUCACUCAGACUGAGGUCAACAGCGUGUCCGCCAGAGAGCAGCUGGCUCAGAGCAUCAGGGACCUGACGGCCGCGCUGGCCGAGCGCCACGCCACGCACACCCAGGCUCUGGAGGCGGCGCGCAAGCAACGCGGCGAGGCGCUGGCCGCUCAGGUGGCGGAGAGACGCGGCCUCGUGGAGCACACGGGGCUCAUGGCGUUCACCCAGGAGCUGCUGAAAGAGACGGACCAGCCCUGCUUCGUGCAGGCUGCUCGCCAGACCCACAACAGGUUCAGCAAAGCGAUUGAGAACCUGCAGCAUUUCACUCUGGCUGCCGAGUCGUCCUUCAGACACUUCCAGCUGGACGUCUCCAAAGAACUCAAACUCCUGACAGAUCUGAACUUCAUCCAGGCUCCACUGGCUCCAGUGAUUGACACCCAGCACACCCUGGCCUAUGACCAGCUCUUUCUGUGCUGGCGACUGCCCCAAGACUCCGCGUCCGCCUGGCACUUCUCCGUCGAGUACCGCCGUCGGGGCGUCGUACCGGGAGGGGCGUCUCGGGGCGGCGUCAGAGAAGGAUUGGCCGCCGCCCGCUGGGGCUGGCAGCGAUUGGACGAAGUGAGCGGGACCAGCGCGGUGAUUGACAGGUUGGAGAUGGACAGCGUGUACGUGCUGCGGGUGAGAGGCUGCAACAAGGCCGGCUACGGGGAGUACAGCGAGGAGGUGUACCUGCACACCCCUCCUGCACCAGUGCUCAACUUCUACCUGGACUCUCGCUGGGGUCUCCAUGCCGACCGCCUGGUGGUCAGUAAAGAGCAGCGCUGUGCUCGCAGCGUCCCUGGUCUGUCCCUGAUGCAGGCCGCUGACCACGCCCUCACUUCCUGUCACCUGACCUCUGACCUCCUUGUCGGGGAUGUGGCUAUUACACAGGGAAGGCACUACUGGGCAUGCUCAGUGGAGCCUGGGUCUUACCUCGUGAAGGUGGGCGUUGGUCUGGAAUCUAAACUGCAGGAGUGGUUUCACCUUCCUCAAGACAUGGCCAGCCCCCGCUACGACCCGGACAGCGGCCAUGACAGCGGAGCGGAGGAUGCUCUGGACUCUGCUCCGCCAUUCUGCUUCCUCACGAUGGGGAUGGGUAAGAUCUACCUGCCCCAGCACAGCUACCACCACCACAGCAGCCACGGGAACGGUAUCCGGGACCCCAUCACCAACGGCACCGGCCCCUCCUCCUCCGCGGGCCUCACCUACCCGCUGCCUCCUCGGCUCGGCGUGUGCCUUGACUUUGAGAAGGGUCGCGUCACCUUCUACGACGCCCACUCCCUUCGACCUCUGUGGGAAGGUCACGUGGAUUGCUCCGGCCCCGUGUGCCCGGCUUUCUGUUUCAUUGGUGGGGGGGCCCUGCAGCUGCAGGAGCUGGUGGCCAAUCACAAUGCAGACCAAACGCCGGUCAGAAGGGUGACCAUCCAAACCCGUGUCUCUAACUGAAAGGACAGCUGACGGCUGAUCUGAGGUCUUGUGGUUAUUUGGAAUGUAAUUGGUAAUUGUGAAGUAUUUACUCAGCUAGAGCGGAAAGUUAGACGUCUCAGCGAUUUUAUUUUGUAUUUAAUUUUCUUUGUACAAGAAAAUGUUUAUAUAGCAACAAAUAUGCAAUGUAAUUAAGUUUCUAACAUUUUUGUUAAAUGCAGUUUUGCAAGAGUUAUUGCUUAAGUAGUGUUUGGUAUACCCAGCACUCAAUAUUAUAUUAUAUCUUUGAUGCUUGCACUUGCACCAGGCUAUAUUGCAUACAUUUAUAAAGCUAAUGUAGAUACAGCGCCAUACAAUGUCGUCCUCCACGUAGAAGCUUUUACUCUGUUAUUUCAUGCCCUUAAUGUUUAAAGCUGAAGAACUCUUAUGUUUUAGAGAUAUACGUGUGUAAAAAAAAAAAGAAGGGAAAAAGGCCUUGACUAUUGAACCUAUAACUAAACUCGUCUUCAACCACACAGAUUUCACCCGUUGUGACUCCCAACCAAAGUUAUUGUUUUCCUCGGAUGUAAAUGUGGUAAAUUAGAGAUAGAAAGGAACAAUGAGGCGAUAGUGUAAUUAAGCUCCAAUUAUACCUCUGCCGCACAGCUAAUCACUGGUUCCUGCUAUUCUGUUUGUAGGCCUACUGCUGUUUUGCGUUUCAAAUACAUGCGUCUAGUGUGUGUGUGUGUGUGUGUGUGUGUGUGUGUGCGUGCGUGCUUCUCCAUGUGCAUCCUGUGUGUGGUUUGACUGAUAGCAGCAUUGAUUCAUUGGCGGACGGUGGAGAGUGCUUGAUUGUAAAUUAAUGAGCAGCGCUUUUUAUGAAACGAGGCGCAGAUUAAAUCCAUGUAUCAACUUCA